AUCGACUUUUCCCUCGCUUCUGAAACUGAAAGCAAUAUGCAGACACUUCAAUUUCUCACAGUUCUUCCUGCGCCUAACUCCUCAGCUCACAGGAGUCACAGCGAUGGCUGCAAAUUCUUCACAACCUUCUUGCAGCCUACCGUUCUUUUCCAGAGACACAAGUUUACGGAAUCAAAUAUGGCAGGAAAGGCUUGUCGCCCUCUUCAGGCUACUGCUCAUCCCCCAGACGUCAUGUACAGGAGAGAUGAGAGGAAAAACUUCACCUUAGAUGACAUAAGACAGGUUCUGAUUAGGCUGGAGGAUAGCAUAAUAUUCAACCUUUUGGAGAGAGCUCAGUAUUCUUACAAUGGAGGUGCUUACGACAAUGGAGCAUUCUUCCAGGAUGGCUUUCAAGGCUCUUUGGUUACAUACAUGGUCCAAGAAACUGAAAAGCUACAUGCCAAGGUUGGACGAUAUAAGAGCCCGGAUGAGAAUCCUUUCUUUCCUGGUUACUUGCCAGUGCCAAAGCUUCCGCCCAUGCGGUACCCCGAGGUUCUGCAUCACAGUGCUGCUUCAAUCAAUAUAAACGAUAAGAUCUGGAACGUGUAUUUUAUAGACCUCCUCCCAAGAUUGGCAAAAGAAGGAGGUGAUGGUAACUGGGGAUCAUCAACUGUUUGUGAUACUCUUUGUCUGCAGGCUCUCUCGAAGAGAAUCCAUUAUGGGAAAUUUGUUGCUGAGGCAAAAUUCCAAGAAUCUCCAAGGGAAUAUGCGGCUGCCAUUGAAGCGAAAGACAGGAAACGACUGAUGGAGAUGUUGACUUUUGAAAAAGUGGAAGCACAAGUGAAGGAGAGGGUAGAAUGGAAGGCAAGAAGGUAUGGGGAGACAAUAAGAGUCACUGAAAAUAGUGAAGGAUCAGAUCCUGUGUAUAAAAUGAAGCCCAGUCUGGUUGCCAAUCUUUAUGGAGAUUGGAUAAUGCCUCUGACAAAGGAAGUAGAGGUGGAAUACUUGUUAAGGCGACUUGAUGACUAAACACACUAGGCAUGCAGAUUAAUUGUUGCUUGGAUGAAUACAGCUUUACUUUUUAAAUCUGUGGAGUACCUCAGUCAUAGAUAAUAAUACUUGAUUUUCGUGUGUUUGUAAAAUUUGCAACAAGUUGUAUCAUCAAAUAUAACAGUGAAUAAAUUUUCUUGGGGAGUAUUCAAAAAACUUUGCCCCAAGUUGACAUACCAUUCAUAUAUAAGCUGUAGAAUGAAUGAACUUGGCACUCAAACACAUGCAAC